AUGCGGCUGCUAUGGGCCAUCCUCUACCUGGGCAAUGCCCUCGCUGCUUCCAUCCCGCAUGCGGAUUCUCAUCAACUCCGACUUCCCUUCGUUCCUUCCCCUGAUGACCUCGCAAAUGGCGUCAUAUCAAAACUCUCUCUCAAUUUCUCAAUCCAGAAUGGAUACCUAUACGCCAAUGAACACCAAGUCUAUCCUCCAUCAGUGAAAAUGCAGCUCCACGCACCUCUCUAUGAAGGCGUAAACCUAAAUAAACUCAGUACCAGGAGCGUGGAUUUAUCCUACACGCUCGAGACUCAACAAUUGAGCAAAGAUGACACGGGAUCCACGGCGGAUAUGAUCCGCGUGCGAAUCGAGUUGCUCAGUCUGCAGGGCAACCUGGUGUCACCGCACGCAGUAGCCAUCAAUCUUCUCGUCCACAAAAGUGGCCAGUACGAAAUGGACCGUCUCCGUAUCGAGCCAGCUCGCAGCGGUGACCAGGAGGAUCAUUUCUCCCAGAAUAGCCAGCCGUGGGUGAUCAGGUACUGGAAUACACAAUUCGGUUCUGCUUUCGACAAUCCCAAGGCCGAGACCAUGAUGCCAGCUCAGGGGCUAGCGCCGGUUAAAAAAUAUUACCCCCAGAUCGUUGCUACCAACGCCGAACCCAGUGAUACCGCAGUUGAACCUCAGUCUAAGGGUCCAUUCUGGGCUGAGCAGGCCAGGUUUAACCGUCAUCUUUACCACGACUAUCAUCCCAAGGACUCGCCUACGCGAACCAUUCCUCUCAUCGUUCUUCCUGUCUUGCUGGUUAUUGUAAUCGGGCUGGUGGUUUGCUUAAUUGGGUUCCCUGCCGCAAAUCUGCUGAUGUUCUUGGGGGUGUGCCUUGGAGGGCAGAAGGUACAAAGCCACAGAUCACCGAGUGUCUCAAUGGAAGAAGGCACAUUUUACGAAACUGUCCUCAUGAUCCCGCAGAUUUGCGUAACAGACGCUUCCGAUUCGAAAGUCUGA